CACACGGUAGAAAGUGUAUAAAUAACGAUUUUUCUUAUUGAAAAGCACAAAAGGAGAUUUCUACAGGAAAUAUAUUGUUUGUUGGCAAUACAUUUAACUUUUAUGUAAACGAUAUCAAAACGAAUUCAAUAGACUUAAUGUGUGAGUGAUGAAAAUUGUUGAGCAAGGUGUGAAAACCUAAUCGGUACUACGUUGUGUCUCCAAACCACCCACCCGCCACCCAGAGGAAAAAAUCGAAUGUGUGAUUAACGACGAUAAACUGUUGUUUUUGCCAUUUCUUGCCAACAAUAAAAGUAUAAACGCGUCUCCUUACACGCAAUAUAUUAGUUGUGUACGUAAAAAGGCUAAUAUUUUGCCCACUAUUAUAUGACUGUUUUUGAAAAUAAUUAAAUAAAUGAAUUGAUAAUUAAUUUCACAUAUUAAGUACACAAGCAAAUAAAAAGUGUCUACAUAUGAUACGCAAUUGAAGAAAUUAUAUACCUAAAUUAGUAAUUUGUACAAAAGUUGGGUAAAACGGGAAGCACAACCAUACAAGCUGCGUCGUCAGCGACGUACAAACGGACCACAACAAACAGGUGGUGGUUUAGUUUUGGGUACUUUGGCGUGAGCCCGUCAUGUCCGACAUCAUGAACAUCGAUAGCAUUAUUUCACGAUUAUUAGAAGUGCGCGGCGCACGUCCUGGAAAAAAUGUUCAACUAUCUGAAAGUGAAAUACGUGGUCUAUGCCUCAAGUCACGUGAAAUAUUCUUAUCGCAACCUAUUCUACUAGAACUGGAAGCACCUUUGAAAAUUUGCGGCGAUAUCCAUGGUCAAUAUUACGAUCUGCUUCGUCUUUUUGAAUACGGCGGUUUUCCACCAGAAUCGAAUUAUCUAUUUUUGGGCGACUAUGUCGAUCGUGGCAAGCAGUCAUUGGAGACUAUUUGUCUGUUACUGGCUUACAAAAUUAAAUAUUCAGAGAACUUUUUCUUGCUGCGUGGAAAUCACGAAUGCGCCAGCAUAAAUAGAAUUUACGGUUUUUACGACGAGUGCAAACGUCGGUAUACAAUAAAGCUGUGGAAAACGUUUACAGAUUGCUUUAAUUGUUUGCCUGUCGCGGCUAUUGUUGAUGAAAAAAUUUUCUGCUGUCACGGUGGUCUCAGUCCCGAUUUGUCGUCAAUGGAGCAAAUUAGACGCAUUAUGCGUCCAACAGAUGUGCCCGAUCAGGGUUUACUAUGUGAUCUCUUGUGGUCAGAUCCUGAUAAGGAUACAAUGGGUUGGGGAGAAAAUGAUCGUGGUGUGAGCUUCACAUUUGGCGCUGAGGUUGUUGGGAAAUUUUUACAAAAGCACGACUUCGAUUUGAUAUGUCGCGCGCAUCAGGUUGUUGAAGAUGGUUAUGAGUUCUUUGCUAAAAGACAAUUAGUCACACUCUUUUCGGCACCAAAUUACUGUGGUGAAUUUGACAAUGCAGGUGCAAUGAUGUCUGUGGAUGAUACACUUAUGUGUUCUUUCCAAAUACUGAAGCCGGCUGAUAAGCGCCGCUUCGUCUAUCCGAAUUUCGGCAGUUCAGCGCGUCCGUUAACUCCGCCACGCGGUGCCAAUAAUAAAAACAAAAAGAAAUAAAUAAAUGUGCAAACUUAGUAGAAUUAAAAAGAAAAUAAUUAUACAAAUUCAAAAGGCGGCACGAUAAAGGCGUAAUUCAAAAAAUUGUUAAAUAAUGCAGAAAACGAAAACAUAACAAACAGAGAUGUAAAGAAAAAACAUAAAAGGCACUGCAAUAACAAAACCUUACAAAUAGUGCAAAUAAAAGUAAGAAGGACGAAGACGAAAAAGCUGUAAAGUACGCAGCUGCCACACAAAAUCACAUAAUUUGUAUUUGUGUAAGCCUAUACACAAUAAUAAUCACCAACAA